AUGUUUAAACAUUCCCUCCUUGCAAUCCUUGCAUUACUUUGCUUUACACAUGUCUUUUCAACUGUGGCCACCUUCAAUUUUCUAUUCGAAAGACAUGAAUCCAUGAAGAGAUCAACACUUCAAACAACAACCACUACUACAUGCUGCCAACCAAAUGUCUUCUCCCUAAAAGGCAUCUUAAAUCAAGUUGCCAUUGGUAAAAACGCAACUUUACAACCACUCACCGGAACCAUUCAAUUAUUCGCAGAUUACAAUCUUGGAAGAAUUAGACAAGAUGCAACAUUCUCUGCCAAUGGAAUGAACUCGUCCAUUUCUAGUUAUGCAUUCAAACUUUCUGAAAAUCUUGCUGUCAAGUAUGAUAUUCGUGGCGAGGGCAAUUGUGCAUGUCAUCAGAUUUCGUCCACUCAUGAUUUUCAGCCAAUGUGUGUCCUUUCGUCCAAUCAAAUAAGAAAGGCAAAAAUUGGAAAAUAUAAUGCAAAGAAUGUUAUCUAUAAUGUAAUGGGAAUGAAUGCUAAUAUUUGGGUUUUUUAUGAGAAUCCAGACGAAAGUGAAAAGUGUUGGAUUUUGAGUUCGUAUUUCCCAGAUUCGUUUUCUCUUCAGGAAAUUGUGUAUUAUGAUCAAGUUGAGAAGGUUGACCAAAAUGUUUUUAAGGUUCCUAGUUAUUGUCCAAAGAUUGAACAAUGUUCUGAUUGAGAAUAUUUC